UGGUAAGCCUAGCUAUCGGUACGAUGUCACCGAUGUGCGGUCAUGGUGAGAUUAAAGUAUCCUUCAGAGUUACCUAUGUGUUCACACCUUUAUUUGAUGAUGAUGAUGAUGAUGAUGAUGAUGAUGAUGAUGAUACAGAUAGCUACAGUGAGCAGCAAAAACUACUACUGCAGUCAUAAGACAGUGAAGAUAUUUAAUGAGGUUUGGGGGACGAUCACGACUCGAUUGCCGUGGGAGAGUUACUAUACAAACAGCAUCAGAUGUGCAUGGACCAUUGAUGCGGGAAUAGCUCACAGAAUUAGAAUCACAUUUAUUAAAAUUGAUUUGGAGCAACUUACUCCUGGCACUUCUUGUGAAGACGUUGACUUCCUGAGUAUACGAGACGGUGAGACCAAGUUAGCUCCUGUCCUGGUGAACAUUUGCCCUGGGUCAUCCAAUCCCUAUGAAAUCAUUAGUAGAGGCAGACAUCUUCACCUGGUGUUUAAGUCAAAUCGGAACAGCUUCCUUGAUUACGUUGGUAUUGAAUUAAAAUUUGAGGCUUUCAACAUGACUGGCUGCCCACCAGAAUGGAUAAGUGGUCAUGGAUAUAUACCGGAAUAUAAUGGAGGAAAUCAAUAUGCUGGAACAUGUUAUCGUGUGAUGACAAAACCAGCUGGUGGUGCAGACUUCCUCACAGCACAGAAGUUCUGUGUCUACAGUCAAAGCAACCUGGCCAAAGUCAACUCCAGCAUCAUGUUUGAUUUUUUACAAGAUUUAACAACGACACAUGGUUUAUUAUUUAACCUCUGGGUAGGGCUUACUGAUAAGAAAGAGGAGGGCACUUUCCAGUGGCUUGAUGGCAGCUACUUCAACUCAACGUACAGAAUGUCCUCAGUUUCUUUAAAUGACAAGAACAGGAACUGUAUAGUGAUGAAUUUCCACCCAAAGAAGUUCAAAGUAGUGAGCUGUGAUGAGUACCACUUCUUUAUUUGCGAGUUAAACUUAGAUCACAGUCAUAUCUACACAGUACAAGCAGAAGUUGCUGAAGGAGGACAUCAUGGUGAAGAUCACUAUGUCAUGGAGGACAUAGAUUUUGUCUGGAUUAUCAUUGGUGCAGUAGCAGCUGUUGCUCCAAUAGUUUUAUGUAUAGUACUUCAGGUAAACAGGUCAAAAACCAUAAAUAUUGAUUAUAGUUCAUGUCAGGUGGAAUGUGAGAGGUCAAUUAGGAUACAGGAUCAAAGUUUGCAUCAGAGAGAACGGGACGUUGAGGCGUCCGAAGCUUGUCUUGUUCAACCAUCAGUACAACAACCUCCAGUAGAACCCUUGCCUAACCCUGGACCCGUGUCAGAGCCAUCGGCACCUCCACUGAGUGAAUUGCAACCAGUCAUAGGACCCCCAUGUUCUGACCAAGGAGCACCCCCAUCUUACUGGGAAGCUGUGUAUACAUCAUAACUGGCCACAUUUUGUAGGUCACACCCACAUUUUGUAGGUCACACCCACAUUUUGUAGGUCACACCCACAUUUAACGUCUUAGACCACCAGUCACUUCAUGACAUGUGCCGGUAAUCAAUAUCUUCUUGCUUUCACUGAUGUUACCCAUGGUGACCCAGGUGGAAAUUUCAGUAUUGUUUCGUUUUCAAUCUCCAUGUUUUUUCAUUAUUAAUUGCCAGAGGUUUUAUGUUUGAAUGGUUUCAGUAGAGAGCAUAUUUAUACUAAUUUAUUAUUUAAGUUUGAAUUGUUUGCUGUUUUUGUUUUGUUUAAAUUGCUGUGAAUUCAACUUUUGUUACACAUUUCAAAUUGUUAUUUGUUGACAUUCUGCAUGAUGAAAUAAAUAUCAUAUUAUUAGAGGUUGGCAUAUCUUACAUUCACUUGGGCGACAUCAAUACCAUCAGAGUGAUUUUAAACACUGUCAUGUCCUAUAAAUGCAGUAUAUUGAUAUAUUAUCAUAUGUAUUAAUACAUCAGUAUCAUUAUUUUCCACCUUAAAAUUUGUUUAUAAAACAUUAUUUCUGAUUUUGACAGUCAUUUCUUGCCAAGUACUUCGAUCUGAUAUUCAUAUUCCAUCAACAGAGGCUGGUAUUUCAAGAUAGUGCCCUUAGUUACUCAUUCACCCCUGAAAUUUCAUAAUGAACUAUUUCAACCUUUGAAUUGGAAGAGUUCAAAUGUGUCUGCAGGGGUGAAUAGUUAAUGUAAUUAUUUCUGAAUGUUUUUAGGAAAAUUUACAUAUUUAUCAUUUUUCAAGUACAGUGUGCUUUGUUUUUGAGCAUGUGUUUAAUUGAAUGAUAUUAAACUCAACCCAGGGUGACUUUCAACUAUCUUAUUGAUGUUUUUAUAUUUGUUUUGAUUGCAAUUUCUAUUUUAAUGAUUGAUAUA